AUUAUUAUUAUAAACUAACUGAAGCUGAAGAGAGACUGGUCCCCACUGGUCUGCAGAAACGACGCCAAAGUUCUCGCUUUCUUCUUCAUGCUAUUUGUGAAAAUGAAAAAGAAAAGGAGAACUAACCCAGUUUUUCACAUCUAGACCACAUUGGACCAGAUCCAGAUCAAAAACCACUACAACUACUCUUGUGAAACCUGGAUGUGAUCAUCCCAGAGGAGCCAGUAACUCUUUAAAACACACUUUCAGAUUUGUGAAACCUUUUAUUGUAUUUGUAAAAAUGCUUAAAAGGGAGAUUUCACUGCCACUGACCAGGUCCAGAUCAAAAACCACUGCACCUACUUCAGCAUCGUCCCGGCUCAUCACAUUAUCAUAAAGCCUGCACAUCCUGGCACCUCGGCUACAUUUACCCGAGUAGCUGCUGCGCUACAAACAUGCAAAUAUCCAGACGUGCUGUAAUUUAAAACCUCCACAAAGUGUCAGAGAUCUCUAGUAGGUUGUUACCUCACCGACCAGCCCCUAAAACACGUCUAGAGUUACUGCAUCGCCAGCCCACGCUGGUGUUUGAUGGUGUAACACCACACAACACUGUCUUGCGUGACAGUUUUUGCACCAAAGGAUUAAAAAAUCAACAGACUAAUGGCAGUGAAUGUUGCUUUUCUAGUUCAACUCCGACAUGAACUGGGACAACCAGCUGAGCUCUAUCCUGUCAGUAGCAGAUGGCAGCGUUGCAAAGAUGAGGGAGAGACUGACCUCACCGGGGAAAUUCUCCAAAGGAGAAGAUUUGUUUCCAGCGAGGGAGAGGAUUCCUGAUUUAGAUCUGGGUCCUCCUGCUCUCCCGCCGCGAGCCCCGCUCCUCCUCCUCCGACAGCCCUCCUCACCUCUCAGCCCUCCCGUUCAGUGGGCCGACCUGGCCGCCAUCCAGUCACAGCUCCAGAUACAGAGCCAGGCGAUUGAGUCGCUCAGCCAGAAGCUCCAUGACGUGGAGAGAGAGAGACAGUCUCAACAGUGUCACAUCCGGACGCUACAAGAGGAGGUUCACCGGCUGCGUGAGGAGCUGAGGGAGAAGGAGAGAGAAUCCAGGAGGGGGCCGAGUCCAGGAGCCGAGAGGAAGAUGGAUCAGUGGAGGAGAGAGGUCGGACGUGAGCUGAGCAGUCUGCGGGGACACAUCACCAGAGCCACGUUGCCAGGCAACCCGGAGGAAAGUUUUACUUCAAAGCUCCACCGAGAGGAGCUGGAGCACCUGCGCAGAGAGGUGGACCAACUGAAGACGCAUCUAAGUGAGUCACAAUAA